AUGAUGAAGAGUGAUAUGGAGAUCAAUGAGAAGCGAAGAAAACGAAGACCCAUAGUGCCAGUUAUUGCUAUCACUGCCCAUGGUGAAAAAUUUGGCCCCUUUGCAGGGGAGAAGCGAAUGCCACAGGAACUGGAUGGGAACACAGACUGCAGGCUCAUGUGGGAAGUUCGUGGGAGUAAAGGUGAGGUCCUUUAUAUCCUGGAUGCAAGCAAUCCACGCCAUUCUAAUUGGCUGCGUUUUGUCCAUGAGGCGCCAUCACAGGAACAGAAGAACCUGGCAGCCAUCCAGGAAGGGGAAAAUAUUUUCUAUCUGGCUGUGGAAGAUAUUGAAACAGACACGGAACUUCUGAUUGGAUACUUGGACAGUGACAUGGAAGAAGAGGAGGAGGAAGAAGAAGAAAUAACUGUUAUCCAGGAAGAUGAAGACAGUGGCAACAAUAAAGAAGUGCAGCCAGCUGGUGAAAAAAUUGCAGAUCCCCUCACCUGUAAAGAGGACCAUGCAUGCCCAAACUGUGAAUCCAGUUUUGCCAGCCAGGAGAUUCUAGCCGAACAUCUUCAGACUUUGCACCAAAAACCCAGUGAGGAAAAGGAAUUUAAGUGCCGAAACUGUGGAAAGAAAUUCCCUGUUAAACAAGCUCUACAAAGACAUGUACUUCAGUGCACAGAGAAUGUCAGCCCAGGAGACUCUUCAAGAAGUUUUCAGUGCUCUGUUUGCAAUACUUCCUUCAGCUCAGAAUCGAGUUAUGAACAGCACAAGGAGGCAUGCAGAGGGGAUGCCAGAUUCAUAUGCAAGGCAGAUAGCUGCGGGAAGAGGUUCAAGAGUAAGGAUGCCCUGAAAAAACAUAAAGAAAAUGUUCACAGUGGAAAUUCUAGGAAGAAGCUGAUGUGUUCAGUGUGCAAUAAGAAAUGUUCCUCAGCAACAAAUCUCCAAGAGCAUCGAAAGGUCCAUGAGAUCUUUGAGUGUCAGGAAUGUGACAAGAAAUUUAUUUCAGCUAACCAACUAAAACGCCAUAUGAUAACUCAUUCAGAAAAACGCCCCUACACCUGCGAGGUUUGCAAUAAGUCCUUCAAACGACUUGAUCAAGUGACUGCACACAAAAUAAUACACAGUGAAGAUAAACCUUAUAAAUGCAAGCUUUGUGGAAAGGGAUUUGCCCACAGAAAUGUUUACAAGAAUCACAAGAAGACCCAUUCUGAAGAGAGACCAUUCCAGUGUGAGGAAUGCAAAGCUUUGUUCCGAACCCCAUUCUCUCUACAAAGACAUCUGUUAAUCCAUAACAGUGAGAGGACCUUCAAGUGUGAUCACUGUGAUGCUACUUUCAAAAGAAAGGACACAUUAAAUGUUCAUAUUCAAGUUGUACACGAUGGCCAUAAGAAAUACAAGUGCGAUCUCUGUGACAAAGCUUUUGUGACACCCUCAGUCCUGAAAAGUCAUAAAAAAACUCACACUGGAGAAAAAGAGAAGAUUUGCCCGUAUUGUGGACAGAAGUUUGCAAGCAAUGGAACACUGAGAGUUCAUAUUCGAAGCCACACAGGUGAGCGUCCUUACCAGUGUCCCUACUGUGACAAAGCUUUCAGCAAGAACGAUGGAUUGAAGAUGCAUAUUCGCACCCACACAAGGGAAAAGCCGUACCAAUGUUCCGAGUGUAACAAGGCUUUCAGUCAAAAGCGAGGCCUAGAUGAACACAUGAGAACGCACACCGGAGAGAAGCCGUUUCAGUGUGACGUUUGUGAUCUGUCCUUCAGCCUGAAGAAAAUGCUGAUCCGACACAAGCUGACUCACAACCCCAACCGACCAAUGGCCGAAUGCCAACUUUGCCACAAGAAGUUUACAAGAAACGACUACCUCAAAGUGCACAUGGAAAAUGUCCAUGGUGAAACUGACAGCUAA